AUGGGAUCUCACGUAGCAGAAAUGUUUUCUCAAAUUGACAAACUUCGUGAUCGGCUGUCGAGUAAUAUUGAAGUUGUGAGUGACGCUCAAGGCGUUGAAGAACAAGUCGGAAACCGGGAAGUUGUGACCCGUAUUGAAAGCGUCAUCCUUGGAAUAGUGGCCAGUCUGUCUGAAGAUGAAGUUCCUGUCCUGGUGCUGCCUAACAGAUCCAGCUGGGCCAACGUCGGCUUCGACAGUGCCAUCGGGCUUCAGAUGAGUUCAGGACACACUGUCACCACCAUUCGGAGCGACUGCCCGUCAUCUGUGACUAAAUUUGCACAGAUUCUCAAACUCCUCUCGGUCAUCUACCGCCUCGUGCAAAGCAACUCCUAUGCCACAAAAAGAGAUAUCUACUAUAACAAUACACAGCUGUUCGGGUCGCAGAGAACUGUUGAUAAUCUGGUAGAUGACCUCUCGUGCAUGCUGAAGGUUCCUCGCAGAUCCCUGCAUGUGUUAGCCACAUCAAAGGGGCUAAUCUCCGGCGAUCUUUGUUACAUGGAGGAGGACGGCACGAGGAUUGACUGUCGUUCCAGCUCCGCCGCCGUUGCAGUUUCAUCCAACAUCGGUGGCAUUAAAAAUAUUGUGUCGUCUGCUAAAUUUGUAAUGAUCGUUGAAAAGGACGCAACUUUCCAAAGACUGCUGGAUGAGGACUUCUGCACAAAGCUCUCUCCCUGCAUCAUAAUCACUGGUAAAGGUGUGCCAGAUGUCAACAGCAGACUGAUGGUUCGGAAACUGUGGGACUCGCUUCACAUCCCUACCUUCGCCCUGGUGGACGCUGACCCUCACGGCAUUGAGAUCAUGUGCAUCUACAAGUACGGAUCCGUGGCGAUGUCGUUUGAGGCCCACAGUCUGACCGUCCCCAGCGUUAUGUGGCUAGGCCUCCUCCCCUCUGACCUCCAGAGGUUGCGCGUUCCCAGUGAUGCCCUGAUCCCUCUCAGCAAGAGAGACGAGAACAAACUCCACAGCCUCCUCACACGGCCGUACAUAGCAGAUCAACCAGAGUGGCAGAAAGAGAUGGAGCUGAUGCAGCAGAGUAAGGUCAAAGCUGAAAUACAGUCCCUGGCAGCCAUUGGUUCCGACUUCCUCACCGCCAUCUACCUGCCCAACAAGCUGCGCUAUGGAGGCUGGAUAUGAGAGCAACGUCGCCUCUUAGUGGAGCAACGAGGGAAGUGACGUGAAGGCCGGCUCAAGACUGACAAUACUUUUGACGUAAUUCUCAUUAAAGUAUUUAAGUUUUUCUUUUUCUCCAUUUAUUGUGAAUGGAGCUUUAACUGGCAUCGCGUCAGAUUUCACCACAGUGGUCCCAGAGGGUGGAUUUCCUUGCGUCUUUGAGUUUGUUACUUCAAUCAAGAUGUCUCGAUCCUCUGUUGAAAGGUUCUCAGACACACAGUGUCGGUCUGUUUCUUUUUAAUGCCUGACUUACUAAAUUUCAGUCAAGUUUUAACAGAUGGUUGUUAAUUUGUGUUUGUUACUGUUGCUUCACAGUAAGUAUAUCCCACAUUAGAUUCUGGGCUUUGCAGUCUAUUUUCUGUGUGGCGUUUAAAUGUUCCCCCUUUUUAUUUCUGAGAUUCCUAAACUUAUGGAUUUCCUGUGAAGUCAAGAAAACCUCAGAGUAUAACCUGCCUCCGUUCAGACUCAGGUGGGAUCAGAUCUGCCAGACUUGCAAAUGAA